CCUCCUUAAACGCACGCAAAUCGACGUAGCUGCUGCCCUGCACUGGCAAAACAAUUUCGAGCUUCCAUCAAUUGCUACAAAUGCCCCAAUUCUAAUAUCAUUUCAUCACUCGUGAGUGAUUUCUCAAGAUAUUUGCAAAUAGGAUUUCUUUCGAUCUGACUAUGAUUGAAGCGGAAAAGGAUUCCGCGCGGGAUUUGAUUAGUGAUUUGCCGGAUAGCAUUAUAGAAACCAUACUCACAAAGCUUCCAAUCAAGGAUGUUGUGAGAACAAGCAUCUUAUCUACAAGGUGGAGGUAUAGAUGGGCCUCGAUAACCAAUCUCGUGUUUGAUGACAGAGGUGUGGCCGAGUAUGAGGAAAUUGUGCAUUUUAUACAGAAGUUUUUGCUUCUUCAUGAUGGUCCGAUUCACAAGUUUUCUGUCCAGUCUUCUUAUAUGCGCGGCUCGGCUGAAGUUGAUCAGUGGUUUCUCUUUCUCUCGAGGAGAGAGGUCAAAGAGUUGAUCAUUGAAUUAGGAGAGGACGAGUGGUUUAGGGCGCACUCUAGCCUUUUCUCUUUCAAACAUCUGACACGCUUGGAGCUUGUUCAUUGUGAGUUGUGCCCCCCGCCUGAUUUCAAAGGCUUCAUGUGGUUGAAACACAUUGAUUUUCAGCAGGUUGUGUUCCCGCAAGAUGAUUAUGAUCGCCUCAUUGCGGGCUGCCCCCUCCUUGAGACUCUGACGCUGUCAUCCUAUGAUAGCAUAGAGUUGACUAUCCAUGCUCCAAACCUCAAGUACUUGACUGUGGAUGGUGAAUUUAUGGAAUUAUGUCUUGCACACACCCCACUUUUGGUUGCUGCCAAUAUAAAUCUAUAUAUGAGUGAUCAUAUUGUUGAGCACUUGGAACAAAGCUCUAGCUGCAAUUUAGACAAGUUUCUUGGUGGUGCUGCCAAGCUCGAGAGGCUGGUUGGGAAGGUGUACUUUGUCAAGUUUGUGAGCGUAGGUAUUGGCCAUGGACGUAGACUAAUGACUUAUCACCAUUUGAAGUAUAUCGAGUUAUAUGAAGUUAGCUUUGAAGACCUUAAGGAAGUAUUGGUUGUGCUUCAACUGAUUGUAAAUUCUCCUGUUUUGAAGACGCUACAGGUCUCAGUUUCUACAGCUUCUCGCACAAAAGUUGAGCCCGAGGACUUGCAGUUCUGGGAUAAGAACGCAUUUGAUGAUGCCACGUUGCAUGAGUUGAAGACCGUGAAGUUGAGUGAUGUGUCUGGUAUGCCCGUUGAAAUGGGGUUUAUCAAGUUUUUGCUUGAACAUUCACCCUGUCUAGAAGAAAUGACUAUUAGACCUACUAACAUGACAGAUGCAAGUGUGUCUAUGUUAGUUGAGUUGGCGAGCUUUCGACGCGCUUCUCCACAAGCAUCUGUUGUUUUCAUUCACGAUCCAAUGUGAUUUCUGCUAUGUAACUUGUGCAUAUUAAACUUCAUCUUGGUUUUUACCUAAUAAUUGAAAGUUCAGAUUUUCUCUAAA